AUGGCGGUUGGAGGGCGUGUUACGGGUCGUCUUGGUUACGGGAAUGGAUAUUCUGACGGACGUUCCUAUGCCGGAAUCAACGAGGAAAUCAUGUACGUAAGCAUAGGAAUGGGAAUUAUCAUUGCCAUACUGAUUUGCAUCGCACUAUGCUAUAUCGCUCGGGAAAACUGUAAAAACAAGCGAGAAUAUUAUAUUACGGCCUAA